CAAUCUUACUCCCCCACUCAUAAAACAAAAACAAACAAAAAAGAAAAAAAGAAAAAAAAAGUUUGAUUUUAGCGGCUGCCAGCUAAUACAGACCCCCAAGAAACUCAUAAAUCUACGCUCAUACUUACAGCUAAUAACACUAAUCUCAAUCUCAAUCUUAAUUUUAAUUUUAAUUAUUAUCCCCAAUUUUCGAUUCAAAUGUGGAACCCUAAUUUAAUUUGAAAUCUGAAUUUCCUGUUACGGAUUCGUUACAAUUUUAAUGUCUUCGACGUUCAGUUCGUCCCGGAAUAGUCCGGGAAGUUCGAGGUUACAGCUUCAUUCCGCCGUCGGUGGUGCGUCUAGGUUAAGAUCUUCGUCGUUAAGGAAACCGCCGGAGCCACUGCGGCGUGCAAUCGCCGAUUGUCUCUCGUCUUCUUCUGCUACUACUGCCGCUGUUGCCGGUUCGCAUGCGUCAUCUUCUUCUGCUAGUGUUACUGAAGCUUCUAGAACUCUUCGGGAUUAUUUGGCUUCACCUGCAACAACUGACUUGGCAUAUUCUGUGAUUUUAGAGCAUACAACUGCCGAAAGGGACCGCAGUCCAGCUGUUGUUGCAAGGUGUGUGGCACUUUUGAAGCGGUUCCUUUUACGAUAUAAACCUAGUGAGGAAACAUUACUUCAGAUUGAUCGUUUUUGUGUGUGCACAAUUGCUGAGUGUGAUACAAUCCCAAACCGACAGUUAAUACCUUGGUCAAGAUCGCCGAACCAACAGUCUAUUGCAUUAACAACUUCUACAACUGCUUCCCCUUCUUUGCCUGUAUCCAGUUUUGCCUCUGGGGCACUUGUAAAGUCAUUAAACUAUGUGCGCUCUCUAGUGUCGAAACAUGUUCCAAGAAGGUCAUUCCAACCAGCUGCAUUUGCUGGAGCCCCUUCUGCAUUAAGACAGCCUCUUCCAUCGCUGUCAUCUUUGUUGAGUAGAUCCUUUAAUUCUCAACUUAGUCCUGCAAAUGGGGGAGACUCUUCAGAGAAAAAAGAUGCAACCGUGUUACCUGUUUCAAAGUUAUCAAAUAUCGACAAAAUUGAUAAACGAGAAGACCUGGAUUAUAUUGCAGUUGAUGUUUUGAAGUGGCGUUGGGUGGGAGAACAUCCAUUGUCAUAUUUCACAGCUGAAAAUGGUCGUAUGGUGGACCUUCAAGACGUGAGAUCACAUAAUUUCCUAGAACUAGGGGCUGCAGCUCUACUUGUUGGAGACAUGGAGGCCAAAAUGAAAGGACAGCCUUGGAAAUACUUUGGGACAGCUGACAUGCCUUAUCUUGAUCAAUUAUUGCAGCCCUCUUCAUUUACAUCAAUUACUAAUUCUGCCUCGUCUCGUCCUCAUUUAAACGCAGUAACAGCAUCUAAACGCAGUAAGGCAGGACCUCAGCAAAUUUGGGAAGACUCUCCUGCAAGCACAUUUCGCCCACGCACUCGACCACUUUUCCAGUAUCGUCAUUACAGUGAACAGCAACCGUUACGAUUAAAUCCUGCUGAGGUAUGCGAGGUUAUUGCUGCAGUAAGCUCAGAGACAAAUUCUGCGAGUGCUAAUAAUUUCACUGUAUCAUCUAGAUUAAUUAACAACAGUGGAAAGCCAUCAAUGGAUGUGGCUGUGAGCGUCCUUAUUAAGCUUGUUAUUGACAUGUAUGUGUUGGACUCUGGGACUGCUGCUCCUCUCACUCUAUCCAUGCUUGAGGAAAUGCUUAGUUCUCCAAAAGCAGCUUGCAGGGUUCGUGCUUUUGAUUUGAUUCUGAACCUUGGGGUCCAUGGUCAAUUAUUGGAACCGAUGCGCGUGGAUGAUACUUCUACAAUUGAAGAAGAUUAUUUACAAGAGCCAUUUACUAAUGUUGAUGAGCAACUCGCCGCACAGGGCAAUAGCAAGGAAAAUUCUGUUAAUGAUCUGCGUAAUUUGUCAGCUAUUGAUAGCUUUGAAUCUUGGAUUUUGAACAUUCUAUACAAAAUACUUCUAUUUCUUGUCCAGACAGAAGAGGAUGAAGAAUCUGUUUGGGCUUCUGCUUUGAGCUGUUUACUUUAUUUUGUUUGUGAUAGAGGAAAAAUACUGAGAAACCGAAUAGAAGGCCUUGACAUAAGGGUAGUUAAGACACUUAUUGAGGUUGGCAGGAAGAAUUCCUGGGCUGAGUUAGUUCAUAGCAACCUUAUUUGCAUGCUAACGAAUAUGUUCUAUCAAGUGCGUGAUGGGCCCACUCUGGAUGUAUCAAAUGCCCAAGUUUUUCUCAAAGAUCAGAUUGACCUGAUUGGAGGAAUUGAUUUUAUUUUCUAUGAGUAUUCACUUUCUGCCUUGAGAGAAGACAGGAGAAAUCUAUUUGUGGUUCUUUCGGAUUAUGUAAUGCAUCUAAUAAAUGAAUCAUGCAUAGCUGCUGGAGUUUCUGAGUAUAGUGAUGAUGAGAUUCAACCUAUAUCGGCCUUGCUUUCUCUUGCUGAUGCACCUGAAGCUUUUUAUAUUUCUGUUAAACUUGGGAUUGAAGGCAUUGGAGAGCUUUUGAGAAGAUCCAUUUCUGCUGCAUUGUCAAGAUAUUCUAGUAAUGAACGACUAAAUAUGCUCUUGGAGAAUAUUACAGAGAAACUGGAUGCAACAAUUGGUUCUUUUACUCAUGUAGACAAGGAAUUCACCCAUUUGAUGCAGAUAACUAAAUCUUACAAGUCUCUGGAAAGCAUUGAAAGUGCUGGUCUAAGAAAUAGUGUUAUCAUAAAAGCGAAAUUUGCAUGGAUCACUUUGCACUCUCUUCUUCAUUCAGAAAGAAUUGCUUAUCGCCAGAAUGGAUAUACCUGGUUAGGAGAUUUGCUUAUUGCCGAAAUUAGUGAUGGAAGGGAUGCAAAUAUUUGGUCGAAUAUAAUAGACUUGCAGAGUCAGAUUGCCCAUGCUGGUGUAAGUGAUACUUCAGCUGAUUCUGAUGUUCCUCUGUCCAUUUGGCUUAUGUGCGGGCUCCUAAAGUCAAGACACUACCUCAUCAGAUGGGGUUUCCUAUUUGUCCUAGAGAGGCUUCUAAUGCGGUGUAAAUUUCUGUUGGAUGAAAAUGAAAUGCAACAUAUAAAUGGCCGCAAUGCUGGUCAUCAACAUGUGGAUAACCGACUUGAGAAAGCAAAUGCAGUGAUAGACAUUAUGAGCAGGGCUUUGUCUUUGGUAGCUCAAAUAAAUGAAACAGACCGCAUCAACAUUUUGAAGAUGUGCGACAUACUGUUCUCUCAGCUGUGCCUGAAAAUUUUCCCGUCAACUAUGAAUCUAUAUGGGGAAAAUACCCAACAGGGCAAAGCUUUUGGCGGCACGGAUGAAGAUAAAAAAAUUGACGGUGCUGAGCAUUCCUCUCAGCAAGAGAACAGUUCACAUAAUGAAUUUCUAGAGGAAGCUGAUGAUAGAUCAAACUGCAGCUUUAACAGUUCUUUUACGUGUGGCACAGCAUCAAUGGCUGCAAUGCUUCUCCAAGGGAAGGCCAUUGUCCCUAUGCAAUUGGUUGCACGUGUUCCUGCUGCAUUAUUCUACUGGCCUUUGAUUCAACUAGCUGGUGCAGCAACAGAUAAUAUUGCGCUUGGAGUUGCAGUUGGAAGCAAAGGGCGUGGAAACCUUCCUGGUGGUGCUUCAGAUAUUAGGGCGAGUCUUUUAUUGCUUCUAAUUGGUAAAUGCACUGCUGAUCCUUCUGCUUUUCAAGAAGUUGGCGGAGAAGAAUUUUUUAGGGAACUUUUAGAUGAUACAGAUUCGAGGGUAGCAUAUUACUCUUCGGCGUUUCUUUUGAAGAGAAUGAUGACAGAAAACCCUGAUGAGUACCAACACAUGCUGCAGAAUCUUGUUUUUAAAGCACAGCAGAGCAAUAAUGAAAAACUAUUGGAAAAUCCAUAUCUUCAGAUGCGCGGAAUCCUUCAGCUAUCAAAUGAUGGGCUAUAAUGCAGUGAGCCUUGUGGAAUCAUCUUACUCAUCAUCUUGGAGACUUGUUGAUAUUUAUUGCUCCCUACAUUUUUAACCUUACAUCUCCAUAUUUAACCAAGUUUUGAAGACCCUCGGCUCGUUAUAAUUGUUUUUAUAGGCAAACAUAGAGCAGUUGUGACCAGUGGAAGUGUAUCAACCAGACAACAUUAUUUAUUUAAGCUGCGUUUGCUGUGUGAUGAGCUGCCUCUGAGUUUUUCUUUUGCCUCAGAGUUUCCGGGAAAUGGUGAGCUUGAAGCAGUCUUGUAUGUCCUUAAUCAUUAACAACAACUAGAGGAUUCUUAAUAGUGAGUGGUACAGUGUUGUGCAUUAAACGUUGAAGGUCUGAUAUUCUGAGGAUUGAGACUGAAGCAGUUAAGCCAGUGUAUGAUAUGUUGAUGAAACUUGUUGGAGUUGAUUCUGUUCAUUGCUUCAUUCAUCCGUCAUUUUCCUCUUUAAUCUUGGCAGCUUCCGAGGUUCAGCAGUUCUUGAGUAAUUUUGCGGUAUAUCUCGAUACAUUUUCCGGGAAAUGUCAAGAGAAGCCUUCUGUUGUUUGUACAGUGUCGUAAUUCAUCUUGACCUUUUGAUUCCAACAUUCUGCAAAAUGACAUUAAUGCUGGCUUCUUUUUUGAACAGCCGCCUUCACACAAUAAAACCUGUGAGUUUAUUUUUUUAACUCGCUAAGGUUUAUUCAUUAUUAUGACAAGAGCACACCUCAAAUUUUGUAUGUUUAGUCAGUAGGAAAUAGUGCUAGAAGCUUGCUUGAACUGCAAGGCUCUCCAAUUCUUGUUUUUAGGGGAAUUGUGUAGAUGUCUAUAAGUAAAGACAUCUUUUGGAGUGCUGUUUAAAAUGUUUUUUGGGAUUGUAUUGAUUAUUUAUUUUGACAAUGUAAAUAUAUGCAAGUCCAUUUUUUUGGUAGCAAUUGCGAUUGUUGUAUAAUGUGGUGAGGUUUUCGAACUUUUGAACAUAUCUGUAAGCUGAUAUGGAUAAAUAGAAAGUUUUGGUUGCAA